AUGAGCGGCAGUUUGGAUGCGGCGCGGAGCAUCUUAGAGCAGUUGGAGGCGCGGGGCGGCCGGGAGGGGGCGGUCCUAGCCGGCGAGUUCUACGAUAUCAGGACUCGCUCAGCCGCCUGGAAGGGUGGCAGCAUGUGCUCCACUGAGGCUGGUAGUCAAUCAGAAAACCUCAAGAAGAACCGCUACAAAGAAAUACUACCUUAUGAUCAGACACAAGUGAUAUUCUCCCUGCUCCAAGAGGGACAAGGUGACUACAUCAAUGGCAACUUCAUUAAGGGCAUAGAUGGAAGCCAGACCUACAUCGCCACACAGGGACCCCUGCCUCACACCUUGCUAGACUUCUGGCACCUGGUCUGGGAGUUUGAGGUCUAGGUGAUCCUGAUGGCAUGUUGAGAAAUGGAAAAUGGGAGGAAAAAGCGUAAGCAUUACUGGGCCCAAGAACAGAAGCCACUGCAGAUUGGGCUUUUCUGCAUAACCCUGGUGAGCUGGGGCAGAGAGACCUGGCUAAAUGCAGACAUCAUGCUCAGAACCCUUCAGGUCACCUUCCAGAAGAAAUCUCAUUCUGUGUACCAACUACAAUAUAUCUGGUCAGACAGAGGUGUACCCAGCAAUCCUGACCACGUGCUUGCCAUGGUAGAGGAAGACCAUCACCUCCAGGGAUCUGGCCCCAGGCCCCUCUGUGUCCACUGCAGCACGGGUUGUGGGCAAACAGGUGUCCUGUGUUCCGUGGAUUAUGUGAGACUGUUGCUCCUAACCCAGAUGUUCCCACCUAACUUCAGCCUCUUCAAUGUGGUCGAGAUGCGGAAGCAGCUGCCUGCAGUUGUGCAGACAGAGGAGCAGUACAGGUUCCUGUACCACACCGUGGCUCAGAUGUUCUUCUUAGCACUCCAAAAUGCCAGCCUCCAUUUUCAGAACCUCAAGGAGAAUUGUGUUCCACUCUAUGAGGAUGCCCUCUCCCUCUGGACUUCCCUGGCCCUUCCAGCCAUGCCCCGCCCACCUGGCGGGGUCCUCAGGAGCAUCUCCGUGCCCGCGCCCCGGGCUCUCGCCAUGGCCGACACAUACGCCGUGGUGCAGAAGCGAGGGGCCCCGGCGGUAACCAGGUCGGGCUCUGGGACUCGCGGCGCGGAAGAGGCGCCGCUCUACAGCCAAGUGACGCCGCGCGCCCAGCGGCUGGAGGCGCCAGCGGAAGAUUUGCGGGGGACGCCGCCCGGCAGCGUUCCUGUUGACCCCAGCCCUGCUGGGCCUGGCGCCUACGAAGACGUGGCCGAUGGUUCUCAGACCGGAGGGCUAGGCUUCAACCUGCGCAUUGGAAAGCCUAAAGGGCCGCGGGAUCCCCCUGCCGAAUGGACCCGUGUGUGAAUGCUACCCCCGUCGCCCCCGGCCUGUCUGCUUCUCCAUGUGGGCACCUGAACUGCUGACCGCCAUGCUCUGCUGUGUGAAGUGUUGGGAAUGGGAAUGCUGGGCCUGGAUCCAAAUAAAAUUUCUCAGGGUGGGAAAUGUGGGGGUUUUGUGCCAGCGACUAUAGCAUUCAAGCCUUGAAGCUGGAGGACGUGGCUGGGAGAUAAGGGCUGGUGAGGCUGCACUGAGCAGAUUCAAGAAUGAACAUCAGGAAUGGGCCCAACCCCAAAGACCCCACAUUUGUGAAGAGGAGGAUGGACUUCUGGAGACUGUCUCCAUCACCACAUAAUAGACUAGCUCAUCUCAGACAUUCAGCUAACACCCGAGAGAUAGAUGGACCCUGAGGAAGACUCAUGGACUCCCCCACCAUUCAGAUAGAUCCAAGCUAGGCAUGACAACAACCAAGCAGGCUAAUUUUGAGUUACUAUAAAAUAGCUAAAAGAAGGGAAGUUCCAUCUCAUCUAAAACUGAGACUUCAUUUUCCAUUUUUAAUUGUGGUCUGAACCCCUUCCCUCCUUACUGACAUGCCAGUUGAGGUUUAACUCAGUGCCCGCAGCCUCUGAGGAAGAAACCAGUAAUAUCUUAAGUCUGCAAUUUAGGACUGGUCAUUUAAAAUACAAAGGCUAACAGACAUUUUUGCAUUAGCCUUUGUUUUGCAGGGCCUCAGCAGGGACCAUUAACUGUGGAAAAAACAUCUUGUGACAACCUUGAAACUGAUGACUACGUGGUAGACAUCAUAGGACCAGGAAUCAUCACAUCCUCAUUCCUGAACCCCUUUCCACUUUUUGAUAGCCUGUAUAAUCUUGUCACAAAAAGCCUUUAGCGAGCAUUUUUUCUCCUUCAUGCUCCCUUGUGCACAAGUCUCUCUAAUAAACUAUCUGCUCAAAUUUA